CCGGUCCGAAUCAGUAGCUCCAAUUAAAAGUAAACUGCUCUCAAAUUAACAACUCUACAUCUGCUAAUAACGCGAAGAAGUAUGUGUGUGUACUUCUUGUUUGAAUGUAGAGUAAGAGGAGGGACGAUCGCGAGAGACGAUGAUCUUAGAUAGUACGCAACUGUCAUGGAUGGUACACGUGUUCCAGAAGAGCGGUCGUUCACGUUCGAUUCAAAUACUCGACCGCCCGCGUAGCCAUCAGAAGAUUUCCAGGUGAACGUGUCGGUGUUUAACGAGCAUUUUCGUAGUUUUCAAGCAAUUUCUAUGCUGUGCGUUUAGUUACCGUUCUUUCACCAUUUCACUCGGGCAAGUGUCGUGUAAGUGCUUUACGUGACGACGAAACUUAUGGUGCAGUGUUAGAUCUUUUAUAUUUUUAUUUUUCAAAGUGUCGAGGAUAAAAUAAUCGAACAUUAGUUCCUGAUUGUCAAUGCGUUUACGGAUAAUCGAUUUUAUUCAACGAGUUAAUCAUUUAUUUCUGCUGUUACGUGAUUCUGGGAAAACAUCUUUGUAAUGGAUGUUUCCUCUUUACCUGUCGCUUCACCGUUGCUCCUCGCAGUUUCUUUGUAACGAUUUAAAUCAGCCGCUUUGACGCUCCAUUAAUUAUCGCGAGGAAAAUGAUGUUUAAUUAGUUUCAGAAUUGCUGCGCGCAGUUCGAUGAAACCACGAGAACAAUUGAAAGUAAUCGAUUUCAUCCGGCAAUUAAAUUGAUCGCGUCAAUUGUGCGCGCUCGCGUCGUUAAUUACUUUUCAGCUUAUUUCCGUGCCGUCGUUUUAUUUCUCCUUCUAUUCGAUCGUUUCAUCCGCGGAUAAUUAGCGUCGACGAAAAUUCGUUGAGUGUCACCGAUGGGUCGGGAGAAUGCGAUCCGCACCAACACGUUUCAGACGACAAUCGUCUCGAUGAGAAGUAUGCGGAUCGCUGCGGUGGAAUAUCGUGACAGAUGCCACAAACAGUGCCUUCAGCAGCCGGCUACUCGCCGUCGUUCGAUUACACCACGUUCCAGUUCGAUUUGUCACUUCUGUCGGACGACUAUAGCGCCGCGAACGCUCAAAAUACUUUGAAACCAGCUCAGAUCAAGCAGGAAGCGCAAUCGCCGCGUCCCGGUUCCCCGCUUACUUACUCGAGCCCCCCUUACCCUGGCGCUGGUGGUGAACUGUCGCCCAACUACUCGCACGAAGGCUCGCCAGGGUACCCAACGAGCCCUUAUUACGUGCCAAGGAGCCCUCAGAGCGCGCAAUUCUAUCCAACCAGUCCAGAACCGUCGGCGAAACAGCCGAUCAAAAGGGAGAAGAGCCUCGACCUUCUGGCCAUCUUGCAGGAGUCCAGACUCUUGGCCGAGAGUCUGGGCUACAGAGAGGACUCGACCGACUGCACGGUUCCUUGUACGCCUCCUAGAACGGAGGAGGACAUCUACAACAGCCUUGACGCGGACUUCUUCGCGAAGAAAGAAGAUACCGCAGUGCAAGGGCACCCGUUGUUGAAGGAAAUCCUGUUCAAGGAGGAACCUCGAUCCAGUUGCAGCAGCAACAGCAGCGUCAUCAGCAAUUCCUCCUCGUCAUCUUCAUCCUCGUCCUCGUCCAGCACUUCCUCGUCCCCGGAUCCGAUCGAACUCGAGAACAGUUCCCCGUUGAGGAACCUACUGUUCAAGGGUGCUCGAAAGGAGUUCGCCGACGUGGCCAGGACAACCGCGAACCUGAAGCUGGAGAGAAUACAGGACGAAGUGAGGAACCCUCUGGAGAAGGAGGAGGAGCUUUUCAAGGACGGACAAAAGAGCGAUCAUCAGUUGCUGAGGGAGGUUCUGAGGGAUACUAGCUUUCAGAGGAAGUACAAUCUGAGACCCGUGGACCUUGGAAGCGUCGGGACCGGGUUCGUGGAAGACAUGGAACCUGGUGAAUGCGUCGGAGACCUGACCAGAGAACAGAUCGAGCCUGUACUCAGCUUGGCCAUUCAACAGUUGCAAAAGGACUUCGAUAAUACCUGUGUGGCACUCGGUAUUCAUCCUGAACCACGACGCUGGAGCGCGGCGGACGUUGCAGCUUGGAUACAAUGGGCCAGAAGGCAACUGCAGUUGCCCUCGGUACCAUUGGAGAGCUUCAACGUGGACGGUGCAACCUUGGCUUCCCUCACGGAAGAAGAAUUCUGUCAACGAGCCCCGCAGUGUGGAAGUAUCCUACACGCACAGCUGGAAAUUUGGAAAGCAGCCGUCGAGGAAUCUCCGCGUAACACACUGGCGGCUUCUUGGAGUCCCGCGGGUGUUGUUCAGACACCUAACAAUAACAAUAAUAACACAUCGUCGACUAUCGGAAACGCGGCUCCAGUCAGUGUGAAGGGCUCCUCCUGUAGCGUCGAUUUCUCUGAUGAAACAGUGUCGUCGCCGCCUGGACAAGUGACUAAAGGAGGCGUCUCGCCUCGAUGCCGAUUUUUUCCAGACGAAGACGAAGACUGCGGUUCCUCUCAGACCGGAACAACCGGUGGCGGCGGUGCUGGCGGCGGUAAGAUGCGAAACGGUGGCUCUCACAUUCACCUGUGGCAGUUCCUGAAGGAACUGCUGCAGAGUCCCGGGGUCCACGGUUCCUGUAUACGCUGGCUGGAUCGUGGCAAGGGCGUGUUCAAGAUCGAGGACUCGGUCCGUGUGGCCAGGCUCUGGGGCAAGCGUAAAAAUCGUCCGGCCAUGAACUACGACAAGCUGAGUCGUAGCAUCAGACAAUACUACAAGAAAGGAAUCAUGAAGAAGACGGAGCGUAGCCAGAGGCUCGUCUAUCAGUUCUGCCAUCCUUACUGCCUUUAAACGGGGUACCGUUAAACCUUUGCUCUCGCUCCAGGUGUUACCUCCUCGAUUCUUACAACUUUCCUCGAUUCGAGUAUUUAUUAAAAUAUAUCACGAGGCGUGGUAACGUUUGGAUUAAUCGUCGCUUCGAAACGAGCGACGGCAAAGGAUUAACGUCUCUCCACCGAUUCCAGACUUCGGAUCGUUGAUCUUAAGCCUGGUUACUCAUCGAAGGGAAAAAAGGGCUUCCGAUUCCCUUUCUACGUGCAAUCAUUUAACACGAUAUAACGAUGGUGUGCUGCGUGCCUGGUCCUGUUGCGUGCGUGCUUUCGGUAUGGCUGAUUGAAAGGAUAAUCAGUGCAGAGGUCGAAGGUAAAAAUACGAUCCAUCCGUGUCCGAUGGUGUCCCUCGUGGACGUUCGGCCGCGGUUGGGUACCAUUUAGUACGCCCGUUUUGGGCGAACCCCAUUCUCUAUCCCAUCCCCUCAGUUUUCUUCCAGCAACCUUUUCUAUUUCUCUCCUAACUUCUCUCUGUUGUAAUAUAAUCGAAUAUCCGGUAAAACUUAAGACACGAUCCACGAUUUUCCCGCGACCCAGGAGUCGCGUGCCGAUUGGGACGACCGCAGGGUCGACUUCGCGAUCUUUCGACCGGUAUGUUUCUUAUCCAAAAUUUCUUACCCUUCUUUUCUUCUCUCUAUGAUAAAAAUCAGUUUCGAUGCAAAUGGUAAUGGCGUGCUGGCGCGUCGAUAUCGGUCAACAAGCAACAGUAUAUUAAGCACAGGUAAUACUAACGUUCUACUAAUACAGUAAUGAUAGAGUACGAUAAUGCUGCUAGUAAUAUUACUAGGUUCCCGUAAAAUAUUACAAAGGAUUUUGUUAACCGAUCUGUUCUCACUAACCAUAGAGUUAACCUUGUGACGUACUAAUGCUGGUAUUAAAUCGGUAUUAUAUACCGUUGUACUAACAUUAGUACGUUGUCGAUGCACCGUGUCGUCGGGUAUCGUUCGCGUUGGCACGCGGUAUUUGCGAUAGAUCUACCAUAUUGUCGAAAGAACGACGAACGAUCGACGCGCUCGAGAUCUCGUCCGGAGGUACGUCCGGCGAGCCUCGGGUGUGCGGCUUCGACGAUCCCAAACUUCGUUGCUCGAGAACGGAGAAACAACGAGGAGGAAGCGAAGUAAGUGGAGAUUUCGUUGGAGAAAAGGGAAGAAACUGCUCUUUCCUCUCUGUUCUCACGAUUGCUUACCAGCGCCGGUCGCCGCAGCCUCGAGCUGCAUCCGAUCUAUGGAUCCACGAUCUAGGAAUACGCUGAAGCCAGCGGAACUAUUCGCUGUGGCUUCAACCGUCCCGCCAUUUUUUGACUCGAUAAAGAGCGGUAAGAAACCAAGUAUCUUGUGAUUUUUAAAGUUAUUACAGAUAAAUUGAUCUAUUUUUAUAAGAAUAUACAUUAGAUAUAUUUUUGAUACAUAUCUUAGAAGACUAGAAAAGUGCCUUCCUGUUCGACCUGAAAAAUCGUUUCCAUCCGACACACGACUCGUUUUCAGGAUGCGUACGAUGUUGCGUGUCGAGCGGAGCGGAACAUUUCGCUUGUACGCCGUGAAACGAUCGACGCACAAUCAAUUCGUCCUAGGAUACUCGGUCACGCCUUCCCCUCUCGACGGAGGGCAUAGAAUUUCUUCGGAAAGAUAGGGAAAAAAAAAAUAUAGCUGAAUGGCGAUCGUGGAUGGCUCGAGGCGUGAAAGUUUGCGCGGCUGGUUCUGGUGAUUUUGGUCCCAUAUAUCUAUGAUAUAUUAAACGUUGUAUGUUCCAUGAACGAUCUAGCGUGUAAGUUCAAUUUAGGCGUAUAAGAAUCCCGGCGACUCACGUGAGUCGCCUGUUAAGUUACUCGAAGAGAUUUCCGUCUUUCUUUCAUCUCCUUUUUCCCUUUAACCGUUGAUUAAUUAUCAUUAGCGGUGUUAACUCUUUACUUUCUCAGACAUUAACCAUUUUUUCCAGUAAGAUUUAUUUAAACUUUCAAUGCGGAAUUCCCGACGAUCACUGAUCUUCGAUCGUUAAAUUUUCUACUCGACCAUUAACCCUUUGCAAAGGAGAUAUUUUUCUAAUCAACGAGUUAAGAUGAAACGAUUAAGGUUGAGGAUUACGUGAACCACUGGAAUUCGUCUGGUCUAUGUAUGUAUAUGUUUAUUUAACGCGAUCUUAUUGUGUUUAUUUAAGAACUCACCCAGUUUUACUAACACUCGGAAACGUUUCGCUCACCGAGAUACGGUUGUACAUAGGAAAGAAUACUCGGCAUAAUCAUUUUGUACGUUCGUAUUUUUUUCUCUUCUUUUAUUUUUUAUUUAUUUAACCGAGUUCGUAGCCGUAUUAAUAUAUACAUAUACAUAUAUUUUAUACGUAACUAUAUAUUGUUAGAAAGUUCUGCGUAAGACGUCGAGGUCGUGUGACUGGUUUCGAUUUCGCGUUUGUUGUCGAGCUGCAUUGUAAAUCGAACGAUAGAGAACAAAAGGGUGAUGCAAUUAAAUUGCAACGAUCGAAACGUUCUUUCUUCUUCGUCCUACAAGCGCAAUUUCCGACGGGUAUCUGUGAAAUUCAUCGGAAUGGAUCGUUAAGCCAAAGAACGUGGCAAUCGGCUCGAUUAUUUUUUCGAAAUCAACCGAAAGUUAUUUUAUAGAGAUGUGCGGAAACCGAAAAAUAUCGGGUCCACUCUGAUUGGAGUCAGCUCAAAUCGGAUCUGCAUUGUUCUAAUCCAGUCGGGUCAGGUCGAGUCUGCAUUGUUCGCGUCGGGUACCCGAAAUUUUCAGAUUUUCGCAUACCCCUGAUGUUUCCCUUUUCUGAUUAGGCGAUCAGAAAUUAAGUACAAGCUAUGUCAAAAGGAUGACACGUUUUUUUUUUUUUUCUUAACACAGAGAUUGGGCUGAAAAUUUAAAUUUUCCUCUUAACAAACUUAUCUCAGAUUGAAGCCGCUCGUUUAAAAACGUCGAUUGCCCGAGUAACGUGGUCCUUUCGACGAGGCUUACAAAAAAAAUAAUAUGUAAAUUCGCGAGAAUAUUCGAUUUCGAUGGUGUACAUGGUUUAAGCCUGCUAUACAAUUCUCGUAAAAUCGCGAACGAAACGGAACAUCGAAUCGAAAUCGUACCAUUUCUCUUAAGCAACACUUUAAUAAUCUCCAUAAAGUUGGUGUUAUUAGAAUUUGAAGCGACGAUCGAGCGGGUGUUCUUAUCAAAAUUACUUCGAAAUACCUGUUCCGCCACUUUUGAGUCCCUGGAACGAGAAAACCCGAGAAGGUCGUCGUAAUUUUCAACUCGUUGCAAAUCAGCGAUAACCGUAAACUACGCUGGAUUAUCGGUUCCAUUCGACGAUAUUAUUGAUUACGAUCGAACACCUUUCAGAUUUAUCUCCGCGCCUUUUAGCGGCAUGCUCGAACAAACAACGAGAUUUUUCCUUGUAAUUUGCUCGAGCUCUCGAGCCGAAGAAUUUUAUUCGAAAACAUCGGGAAACGGAACCGUUUCCAUUAUCUAACGAUCUAACGUAUUACACUUUCCAAAGGAUUCCGUGUAACGCGUCGAGCCGGUCGUGAGGCUCGCAAAUCGCUCGAUUCAGAGUUCACAGAACUCUCUGCUUUCUUCGCGAAAUUUACGAUAAUCCAUUGUGUAGCAGGGUUUCGUAGUUUCUUUAGUGGUAGCCGGUACUUCCGUCAAGCAGUAAGGUAUACCGAGUUCCAAAGUACAAGUUGUACGAUUCGUGGUUUGUACAGGAUGAAUCAAGCGGCUGGGGCAAACUGUGUCUCCUUUCUAAUUACAAGCAGAAGCAAAUGAUAAAAGUUUUAUUACAGUUAUUACCUUACAAAUGAUAUAUUGUCGCGACGAAAAAUUUGUCGAAAUUAUUCCUAGAGUUUUGAUUAAAGAAUCCAGGUAGCCGUUUGCGGUCGGACGAGAGUUGUUCGUUGUUCUUUCUCUUUCUGACUGCACAACGAGAUUUACUUAAUUGUCUGAAUUAGUUAAAUGAAAAAAGAAAAAAAAAGAAAAAAGAAACACGCGCUUCCAUGUUUUACCGGUGAUUCUCAGCGAACCGAUUCGUAUUCUCUGAACUUGUACAUAAUUGCGAAACGGCAUGCGAACGCAUUAUUUAUAUCCAAGCAGUGUGACUGCUAAUUAAUUAAUAUGUUAAUUAGUGUUAACCGAGUUUAUUUAAUUAGGAUUUAAGAGUUGUUUCUUUGCUACUUUAAGAACGAUCUUGUUGCGAAUUUAUUACGUAUUUAUAUCUAGCAUCGUUUAAUCAUUGUUUCGACUGUUCCGUACUGAGAUUAAUGCAGAGACACAUCGCAUCGUUAAUCAAUAACAAACGACGGACAUUUAUCAUGAUACCGGUGAAAUCAGACAUUACAUAUACAUAUAAUUUUUUAUUGUAUGCCGACGUUCUUGCUGUCAGGAUGUGGAAGCGAGAUACUAACACGAAGCAGAGAAAAAAGAAAAAAAAAAUAAAAAAAAAAA